AUGCAAUUGACCAUAGGCCUUCUACGCAGUAAUUGGACUGCUCAUUGUGGCAACUCAGUGGCGUGUCUGUCAACCCGUUUUUUUAGCGCCAGCUGCACACCCAGGGAUCUCGUAGGGCUUCUUCCCGGCGUCACAAUCAUCACAUUCACCUUCUCAUACUCCUUUGACAUUGCCAAUCAGGCCUUCUCGGUCGAGGAAGAUGCUAUCAACAAGCCCGAUCGACCCAUUGUCUCAGGGAGGCUCGCCAUUGAAGGUGCCUACGCUCGCUGGUUCCUGAGCUGGAUUAUGUUCCCCAUCUUGACCUAUUUGAUGGUCGACAGCUCCGCCGCCAUCAUACUAGUCUUGUGGGAGCUUUGGAUCACGGUGUUCUACGUCUGGCCGAAGGUGGAUCACUGGGUUGCGCGCAAUAUCUUUACGGCCCUGGGGGCAGUUCUUCAGCUGGGUCUUCUCGACGCCUUGCUCUCGGAAGCCCUACCAGCCUACCAAGUCAAUAAUUCCCUUGCCCGCCUCCUUUUCUUCUGGCUCAUCAUGACCAUCCAUGUUCAAGAGUUCCAUGAUAUGGAGGGCGAUCGCGCCACGGGGCGCCGCACAUUGCCGCUGCUGCUUGGCCCCCGAGGCCAGAUGGUGCUCCGAGCGACGACUGCUACCGUCAUGGUCGUUACGGCGGUGGCCAACCUACUACGAGCCCGCAUGUUUUGGGGCGGAAGUACUCACAGUAUGCCCGCCGAUAUCAUUGGCCUGGCUGGAUGCCACAUAGCCUCGAUGAUAAUCGCCGCUAUUCGUCUCAUCACCAUGCGCUGGAAAGAAGCCGAUGAAGUCACCUACAAGUACUAUUAUACCCUGGCGACAUACAUGAUGUUGCUGUUUCACGCUAAUGUUGAGGAAUAUACAGGCUCGUAUGAGUCUUUUGUAUAUUAA